UACGGAUGCAGUAAUUCUUUUUUUUUUUUGUUUUGUUAGAGGCUAUUUUUGCUGUAUUUUUAGCGAGAUGGUCAGCUCGGGGCCCUUUAGAAGUAUAUAAAGAUUGGAAAUUCUUGAGUUUGGUGUGUGAAGCGUUGGUUCUUCAAGUAUGAUAGCGUCAGUGAUUCUUCGAGUUCUUCCGUUUGCAACAUUCUGGUUCCCAUUGUUGCUCAGUGUGAAGCUGAUAUCGGAUCUUAAGAAUACCCCAAAGUAUGGGGAAAAUGGUAUAUUUUUGUUAAAUUAUUGGUUAUGUUAUGUUGUUUGUGACCGGAUUACUGGGUGGGUGGUUGAAAUGGACUGGAAAGUGAUGUUGGCGAGCGAAUUGUUCAAGAGUUGGUUAUUCUACAACCAUGGUUGCUUAAUGAUUAAUUACUAUUUUAUUGAUGGGUUAUUUAGAAAUGUUUUCAUUCAGAGAAACUCCGAUUAUACUACAUUACAGGUUUUUGAAACCAAGUUGAUCGACCCUUUGGUUGAUAAGUUCAUAUUGAAUAAUUACUUAUUACAGUUUUUUUUCAGAUUUUUCAAUAAUAUAAGGUCUCCAUGGUUAUCGUCAAUGGUUGGGUUGAAUAAGGAAUUGAAAGCUAAAUACUUGGAUGGACAGCAAACUGUGUUGGAUAUUUCAAUAAACUACCUUUGUUUCAUCGAUAAUGAAGAGUCUUUGGAUAGAAGCUAUCAGAAUUCGUUAUAUUUUAUGAAAUCGGUGGGCUCGUUAUUAUUUGUUAGUAAAGGAUCGAUUGACGUUGUGCAAGAGAGGCCUAUUACCCCAUCUCCCACUGUUUCGCCUCCUCGCUCCACUCCUUCGAGCCCCCGUUCGAAUCCUUCGAGUCCUCCGCUGUCAAUUUCUUCCCCUAAACAAUCUGCUCGUCUGCCUCGUUCGGUUUCUUCUUCUGAAAGUUCUCCCCGUCGUUCCACUCCAUACCCCAUAAAAAAUGAUUAUCUUGAUACUUUACAACCAAUCCAUGCCGCUAUUGAUGAGUCUAGGACGGGUUACGUUCCUGAAAUGAAAACCAAUCCUCGUAGUCGAUCUUCCUCGAUGUCGGAAAAAUUGAGUGAUUCAAUACGAAGUAAAAUCAUCGUUGAUGAUUUGAAAUAUAAUAAGUCUACCGAUUUGGCUCGUAAUCGAUCAAUAUCUGAUAAAAACGAUUUGAAUCGCAAUCGGUCAUUAUCGAAAAAAUUAGAUCUUGGUCGUAAUAAACCAAUUAAUAACCCAAAUGUUCCUUUGGUUUAUAAAAGUGAUCAAUCAGUUCCACCCAAAUUGGUAACGCAAGAAAGUUCUACGUUAUUGGCUCCAGAAUUAGAAUACCAUAUAGUGCUGCAAACUAGAAAGUUAUGAUACAAAUGUU